CUCCAUCCUCCAUCCACCAACUCAUCUCCUCUUGCUCUUCCACCUCCUCCCCCCUUUCUCUCUCGACUCAUCCCCCAGUUCUCCUCUCUCCACACCGUUUUCUUGAACUCGCUUCCCAUCCUCUGUUCCUCCUCGAAAGCCUACGCGCAACUUCGGCGCCAUGGCACCCGCCGCUCCCAUCACCCUCCCCUCGACUUUCUUCAACUCAUUCUGGUCCCCAGACUACCGCACUGGUCUCGACACCCUCUUUCGCCAGCUCGAGGCUGGUACCAUUGAGAACAAUGAGGUCGCCGAUUUCAUCGAGGCGCAAGCCCGCGCGCACCACUCUCUUGCAGCUGCGCUGCUAGAGCCCCAUGUCAGCCCCAGCACCAACUCGACAUCUUCACUGCAGCACACGCUCCUCUCGCUCCGCGGCGCCUCGAUGGGCCGCGGCGAGGCGCACCGCGCCCUGGCCAUGGAGCUGCAGGAGCACAUUCUUGUCCCCUUCAACGGCUGGAAGGCGCGCCACGAGGAUCGCGUUGAGACUGCGCGUGACGACAUGUUGGGCAAAGGUGGCCUGGUCGCUUCAUGGGAGAAGGAGGUGAACAAGCUUAUGAGUCUGCGCCAGGCAUACACCAACAAAAUGCGCCUGGCCGACGAGAGCGAGGACGACGCACAGUUCGCCCCUGCAACAGCUUCGCUCAAGUCACCUGACGCGUACACCAAGUCGCCACCACCCAAGCACGCUGGUCUGAAGCGCUCUGGGACGGUUGCGGACCGCAUCAGCGAGAAGCUGAGGAACGCUAGCUCCGGCUCGCACUCGCGCUCGAGCUCGGUGGCCUCCCAGUCUGCCAUCUCCCCCUCCGACAAGGAUUUGCCUCCCCCUCCCCCUCCCCUUGCUCAGAAGGAGGAAGAGGAGAAAAAGGUGGAGCGUCCCAAAUCGCCCUCAGGCUCGGUCAAGACGCCUCCCCCCAAGUUGCAGAUUGGCGAGCGGCCGGCAGAUGUUGGCUCGCCCUCAAGCCCCACUCACGAGGAUGCCUUCAUUCCUCCUACCGACCCCAAUGGCCGCCCGAAGAUGAGCAAUGAGGAGCCAGCCAGCGCUGUUGACGAGAAGGGUAACAACGAGUUCAUCCUCCUCUCCGGCAUGGCCCUUGCUCCGCGUGCGUUCAAGGCGCUCCUCGGCCGCUUUGACCAGUACCUGUCGACGCACGCCGCCCCAGGCAGUGAGCAGGCUCAAUCGUCCGAGCUCUCGACACGCCAGGCGCUGGCGUCGCGCCAGAAGAGCUCGAUUCUGGGCACUUAUGAGAAGACGUUCUCCGGCGAGGAGCUUGUCUCGUGGCUCUCCCAUAAUCUUGAGGGCCUUGGCGGCGAGUGGGACCGCUGUGUUGACGCCGGUGAUGAGCUGCUCCGCAUGGGGCAUCUUUCCCGAGUGGGCGUGGUCGGCAAUGGCUUUGAGCCGGAGGACGAUGUCUUCUUCGUGCUCAAGCUCGACCCUUCUGAGAGCACGGGCGUCAGCGUUGCCGGUCUGCGCAAGAACCUCAGCACGUACGCCAGCUCGGGCUACAACUACGCGGCUUCCAAUGCCCCUGCUGCGCGCCAGUACGCCAACAACAACUUCUCCAACCUUCAGACAUCGAUCAGCAGCUUCUCGCUUCCCGCCGUUCCCUCGCCCUCGUCUGCCGCUCUCCCUUCGUGGGCCAAGAGCUACCUUCCCGCCGCGAUCUCGUCCAACGAGCCUGCCCACAUCCGUCUCCGCCAUGAGGCCAACCGCGCCAACGAGGCAUACCAUGCUGGCGUCUCUGAGGCUGAGGCUCGGCGCCUGGAGAUGGAGGAGCGCAUCGAGCGCGGUCUGCGCAAUUGGGAGCGCUGGGAGCGUGAGCGUCUCGGCGUCAUCCGCUCCAUCCUCAAGCACUACGAGGUUGCUCUUGCCAAGCUCCCCAAGCGCCUCGCGCAGGGCGACGAGGCGACCGCGCUCGCCGUUGAGACAUACAACCCCGAGGCUGACCUCAAGGCGCUCAUUGAGGGCAGCCGCACCGGUCCCUUCCGUCCUCGCCCGCAUAUCUAUGAGUCGGUCGAGUCCGAAGUGCCCGAUGUCAACUUUGGCAUCGACCUCCGGCGGUGGUCCGGCGAAACUGGGUGGAAGUCGCUUAUCAAUGCGCCUCAGCGCGCCAAGGACGCCAUCCCGGACGUUCUGGAGGGCCUCCUCACUGCCAUCGGCGUCAUGGGCGCCAGCUUGCCGGAUGACGAGCGCCGCAAAGCGUGGAUCUACGAAGUGCCCCUCGAGGAGACCCACAUGCUGCGCAACGCUAUCAACCACUCGCAGCUGCGUGUUGACGAGGUGUCUACGAUCGCGCAGAAGUUCAACCUCCCCACUGUGUGUGGCGUCGUGAAACUUUGGCUCCUGGAACUCAACCCUCCGGUUCUCGGGUGGGAAGGUUGGGAGGAUGCCAAGGCCAUCUACCCUUCCGUCGGUGCCGACUUGGAACGCGAUAUGACCUCCGCAGUGACGUCGGUCGUCUCGCGCCUCCCGGCCUCCCAGCUGUUCACCCUUAAUGCCAUCAUCAAGCACUGGAAGGAUCUCGUGGACGGCACGAAGACCGAGGAGCCCGCUGAACUCUACAUCAAGAAGCUCUCGCUUUCGAUCGGCCGCUGCGUUCUGCGCCCGCAGUACGAGACCGAGCUUACUAUCCAGGACCGCACGCCGGGUCUGUUCCUCGAAGACCUGCUCGAGCACUACUCCAACGUGUUCCCCAAGCUGCUUGAGGAGAAGCGUAACCAGCAGGAGCGCGUCAUGCCCGUGCGUAAGCGCACCGCGCUCGUCGACCAGCGUAUCUCGCGCUCCAGCCUGGGAGGCAACACAGACCCACAGGCUGUCCUUCUGCAGCAGCAGCGUGCCGCGCACGGCGAGGCACCACAGCAGCCUGGCGCUCCCGCCGGUCCCUCCGCCUCAGAUGUUGGUCAGCAGAUUCCCCCUUCUUCCGGUCCUCCCAUUCGGCCUGUACCUGUCCCCGCACCUGUUUCUUCCUCGGCACCAGCAGCGGCACCUUCCGUCGCACCGACAGCUGCACCCGCGAAUCUGGGCUACGGCCCUCCCCCGAUGGCUUCGCCGCCGGGAAGCGACGACGAGAGCGGGCGUCCUCCGCACAUGAUCUCGCCCCCUGAUUCUCCCAUUGGCGGGGCCGCGCAGCUCCCCGUGACCAGCGUCGUACCCCCAACACCCGCCACUGAGCGCCCAGCAACUCCUGUGCGCGCGGGGACGCCGCAGGGCCGCACGUCGUCGCCCAGUAAAGCUGAAGACGAACCUGUCGCCCUGGGGAGCAGCGGCAGCCUGAAGCGCAACACGUCGAGCGAGACCAGCCGCCUCCGUGGACCUCGGGGUGCGCGCGGCCCGCGCCCGCCUGGCGGCCACGCUAGCCGUGGCUCUGUUAACGCGCUUGCGGCGCAGUUUGAGAACAAGUAGUUGAGAUCGAGUGUGCAUGUACUGAUGAUCCGAAAGGGGCAACUGAAGGAAGGGAGGGCAGAUAUGAGGAGUCAAAUACAGCGCUAGCUGCACUUCGAGACUGUUAUAGUCCUGUCUUUCUCUAGGUAUCUUGUUGUGAUUGCAUUGCGUGUGUUAUGUUGGUUGCCGCGCAUCGCAGAUCAUGCGACGUAUUGGAGAAUGCAUGCU